AAUGUUUAUCUGCUAAUACUGCGCGUGCUAUUGUCGAGUUUGGGUUGAACUUGUAUCUCAAUAAACAACUUAGACCGAAACAAUGGCCGAAGCUCCUGAGGAAUCAGCUCCGCUCAAGGUAUCAAGAGAAACUGAAGCCAAAGCAUUCUUCAACAGGAUCGUUACUCCUUUUGUUGACAGCUCACCGGGACGUGGCCUGUUAGACCCGCUUAUGGUGCAUCUUAUAAAGGAUGAGGCGCAAACGAAGGAAGCUCACGGUGGGAAGAUUGUGCCAGAAGAACUCAUUCGUACGCCGGUUUCAUCCGUCCAAGAAGUUGUUAAUGCUGUUCUGAAGGCCAAGAGCGAAAAGAAAGUCAUUCGCGUCGUUGGAUCGGCACAUUCCUGCGAUGCGGCCAUUUUUCCUGUGGAUGGCGUCACUCUGCUGUUGACGAAGGAGCUGCGACAAGUAGAAAUACUGCAGGUGAAAAAAGAAAAGGGUAAGAAAUGGUUGUAUUGUCGUAUUGGGGCGGGUUGCUACCUUGGAAGGGAUCCCCUGGAUCCUACUUCAAGCAUGGAGAACUCAGCUUGUUAUCAGGUGUCAGUUCAAGGUUUUGGCUUUCCCGAGUUAGGAGGAAUAAUCCAGCAGUCCGUUGGCGGCUUCAUCAUGACAGGCUCGGCCGGAGGAAGCUUACGGCACAGCUUUUCUGAUGUCAUCCAAGAGAUCGAGUUCGUGGACGGUAACGGACAAGUUCAAACGGCUAAACCUGGAACAGACCUUUGGUGUGCAGUAGGUGUUUCCAUGGGGCUCUUUGGUGUCAUAACCCGAGUGACAUUCCGUCUUCCCCCGAUGCAGUUUGUCACAGGGACGGAAUCAGAUCACAAGUUCGCCGACUCCAUGCUUGGACCAGACAAGAAAGGGCAGAGCAAGCUGAAAGAAAAUCUCGAGAAGCACGAAUACAUGCGAGUAAACUGGUUUCCGCAAAAGGAAGUAAUGCGUGUCCAAGAGUGGGUGGCAGAGCAGUCUUUCAAAAACAAAGAUCUUGUCCCCUACAACUCCAUCUUAUCCAACACCCUUGCGGCAGGUAUGGCGGCCCUCGUCCUGUCCAUCUGCAAUUUUCUUCUGCAAAAGCCAGAUCCAACACCCCUGGAUUAUGACAUCAUCGGUUCCUGUUUGCGUCAGUUUGUACCCCUUAACAAGAACCCAACGUACUUCUACGACGUAUGGUAUCACGCUCUGCCCAUGGACAACGAAGCGCACGUGGACUCCAUCAUCAGGGUGGACUUCACAGAGAUCUGGGUCCCACUUGACCAGUGUCAAACCGUCAUGGACAAGCUCCAAAUGCUGUUUGCCGAGAAUCAGAAAGCGGCCGGCAACUUUGCCACUGAGAUCUACAGCGCUAAAAAGUGUCCUUUCUGGCUGAGCAUGUCCUACAACCAGGACAUGGUGCGAGUGGAUCCCUACUGGUGGGCGUACAACAAGGGUGACCUCAGAACGUACUUCUCGUACUUCUGGGAUGUUCUGCUAGAUAUUCCUGGAACCCGUCUUCACUGGGGCAAGUACCUUCCACUGCCAGGUCAGAAGUGUGGAAAUACCACAUUCAAUGCAGAAUAUCUGAAGGAAGUGUACCCUAAGAUGAAUGACUGGUUGAAGCUGCGAGAAGAGUACGACCCUGACCAAGUGUUUCUGACCGAUUAUUGGCGUGGCAUCCUUGACAUAAAACCCAAGAGUCAGUAGAGACUUCAUUGAACAAUACGGAGACGAGUGAAUAAAACUUGAUACUUUUACUUUUGUUUUUGCAGGACGUUGUACUGCUAGAGAAGACUAGAAUUCGUAUGUUCUUUCGCGGUCAAUAACUAUUAGAGCGCUUUUCGUUUGAGUGUCGUAAAACCAAAACCAAAGUAAUCACAACGGCCAAUCAGAACAAAGGUAGAUAUCACAAGGAGUCAAUCAGGGCUCAAAGUAAAUAAAUACAAAUAACCGGCCAGAAGCGCGCGAAAACGCGAGUGACGAAGUCGCGAUUGGUUUUGGUUUCGCAUCUGAUUGGUUGAGAAAGUGGCGUAACUUUUCUACGCCAAUCACAGAGCGUAGUAAAGUAAAACCAAUGCAAUCUUGGAUUACUCUCGAGACUCAAUUGAAAAUUGUUCUAAUAGCUUGUUACUGAGCACAGUGUGGAGGUAUUACCAGGACAUAUUUUUACAUGAUUUCUUUUAAUUAUUGCUAGCAAAAACCGUCCCUUAAUAUGUUAUUAGAAGGAAACUUGUCAGGCUCGCAAAAGCGGCCGUUAUAGAUAUUUUUUCAAAGUGUAAACUAUAGAUUUGUAUCUCUAAAUAUUAACGUUUUGAAAAGUUAGUGCAUCAUAUCCCGGUCUUAGAACCAACGAUUGGGAGGGUAUCAGCCCAUCUUGAGUUUGAUACAUUCUCUACGUUUCGCUCAGCAUAUUUAAUCAAGGAGGUUUAGAGUUUGCCAAUCAUACGGAAAACUAUAGCGACCUGUACACGAGUUGCUUUCAUUUUGUUUGCUGUUUCAGUAAAGACGAGCGAAACAGUUAUGAAGAUUUUCAAAGGUGAUGUUAGUAAUAAUGUUCAAACUAUAUGAUCAAAACUCCAAAAAGAGACCAAUAUCUUUCUUAUGUCUGAGGCAACUACUCCGCUCCUCCCCCUGCCCGCCCCUCCGCUAGCUACGGCCUUCUCAAACAAGCGAUUGGUGUCUAAGUUUUAACUCCUUCGUAUGCACACAGGCACAAUUAAUGAGUUAAUGCUGAGUGGAAAUUUCUAUCAAGUUCCGAACAUUCCAUUUGUAGGCAGAAAGCAAAUAUCCUCAUAACAAGUAUUGUUCCUUCACUGCACCUGUAUUCAACACAAGCGGUUGAACUGGGAGUUUACCCUCCCUGUAAGGGCAAGAAAUUUGUUUCUCGUAUAGGGAAUCCAUAUUUUUUCUCGAAAAUUGGGCGUGAAACUUUGCACCAUCACCAAAGGAGGCGAUGCGCAUAAAUGUGAGUGUUCUGGUUCAAAAUAAACUUUCACAAAACA